AUGGAACCAUCCUCCCAAAAAGAUGUCUCUAACAAUAUCAGAAUUACUCUACCACCUCCAACAAAUUUACAAAAUAAUAAUAAUAGCACUCUGUCAAGACUCGAUGAUUCAUUAAACAACUUGCCCAUUAUUUCUUCAAUGUCUUCCGCUUCUAAUAAUAAUAAUACUAUGUUUUCCAUUGAGCUGCCAUCUAUUGAAAGUUUGGGUCAUAAUAGCCUUAACAAUUUCAUAUUCCCCCAACGUCAUUAUUCUGCCACAAAUAGCAACAAUUUAAUAGACUCUUUAACUUCAAAUCGUAUGUCUGUUUCUGCGAUACUUUCUAAUAACAGUAGUAGUAGUUAUAUGUCAAUUCCGUCUCUAUCAUCUUUAACACAGUUUUUAGAUGAAAGAAGAAGAAACACGGACCUUGAAUCACACAAUAACAAUACUAAUAAUAUUAAGGAUAUUGAUAAUAGUAGCUUGUAUCAUUAUGAUAAUAAGAAUGAUUGUCAUCAAAAUGAUGAUAAUAAGAAUGAUUGUCAUCAAAAUGAUGACAAUAAUAAAGUUGCUGAAAGUGAUGAAGUAAUGGAAGAAAUUAUUAUUAAUGAUAAAAAUGAAAUUGUUAAUAAAUCUAUUGGUAAUAAUCAUAAUAAAAAAAUAAAAAAGAUGAAAAAUAAACAUAAGAAAAUUGUCAAGAAAGAGCAUCAUCAUCAUUUAGGUCAAUUAGUUUAUAGCCCUAAAGAAAUUCUUCCACCUUUGGAAUUUAAUGUAAAUAGUUUAUUGGAAGUUUGGAUAUCGGCUAAACAUUUAUCUUGGGAAAAUUUAAAAGUCAGAAAAAGGUUUUUAUGGGGCACUGACAUAUAUACUGAUGAUUCUGAUAUUGUAGCAGGAAAUUAUAUUCCAAUUCAAUAUAAUUUCAAAUCUAUUCCUGAUUAUCCAGAUUAUGACCUAUGUGUGACUAUUCGUGUCUGUCCAAAACUAUCUCAAUACCCAAAAUCAACAAGAAACAAUUAUAAAAGUAGAGCUUGGGGAAAUCAUGAUGGUGUCAGCUAUAAAAUUGAAAAAGUUGAAAAGAUGAGACAUAAUGAAAUGAUUGGAGCAUUAAAAAGGGAAAAAAAUAAAAAUCUACAUCUACAUCUAAAAAAAACUUACAAUAAUACAAAGGGUAAGAAAUUAAUUAAGGAAUCUUCCAGAAAAUCUGGAAAGAAAACAAAUGAUUUGGUUGUUUUUAAUAAGCAUGGAGACCCAUGCAAUUACUUGAAAAAUAAACUACGUGUAGAGGUUAUGUAUUUAGAAAAUGAUGAUGAAACAUAUGAGAUUUCAUAUGAUGAGAUUCGUGAUAAGUAUCGAUUUGCAAUUGUAUCAUCAGAUGCAGGUUCAGAAGAAGGAUAUAAAAACAACAACAAUAAUAAAGUACUAGAGGAAGGAAAG